UAAGGUUGGGUGGGGGAAGGAGCCCUGGGAAACAGAGUGUGCCUUUGUGAGGGUGUGUGUGUGCCGCCGAGGCUGUGUGCAGUGGGUGUGGGUGUUUGUCUCCUUGUAUCCGCCUUCUCUCCCGUUCUGGACUUUCAGCCUCCCUGGGCUCAUCUUCCUCAUGUUCUUCCCCCUCCCUCUCGCGGCGGGAAUUGGGUGCCCUGGUGGAGGAAGGGGGCAUGCUCCAGGACCCUGUCCAACCCCAGACGCUGCCUGAGGCUUCCCUCCAGCUCCCCCUCCCUUCCUUUCCUCCCUCUCCUCCCUCCCUCUCUUUCCCUUCCUCCCUCCCCCCCCCCCCAGGCUGGCGUGCCAGGGGGUGGGACAUGCCAAUCACUGGCUGUGCCUCUCCGGCUGCCAGCACAGGGCACAGCUCCCCCCGGGAGCCAGGUGUUUGGGUCCCUGGAGACGCCGCCAGCCCCCGGGGAAGCAGUGGGGCUGAGGACCCUACGGACCCCUGUCCAGCCCCAUGGGAAUCCUGAAUCCCACCACCCCCAUCCACCUUCAGCCCCCACAAGAUGGACUGAACCAGGCUACUGGCCAGACGGACAAGCUGGAUGCCAAGGUGAUGACCUCCCCCUGAGGGAGCCCCAUAGUGUGACUAGAGGAAAGAGCUGCCCCCAGCCCCACCAGCCACCAUGAAUACCUCGGCCCCACCCGCCGUCAGCCCCAACAUCACUGUCCUGGCUCCAGGAAAGGGUCCGUGGCAAGUGGCCUUCAUUGGGAUCACCACGGGCCUCCUGUCGCUGGCCACAGUGACAGGCAACCUGCUGGUACUCAUCUCCUUCAAGGUCAACACAGAGCUCAAGACAGUCAACAACUACUUCCUGCUGAGCCUGGCCUGUGCUGACCUCAUCAUUGGCACCUUCUCCAUGAACCUCUACACCACAUACCUGCUCAUGGGCCACUGGGCUCUGGGCACGCUAGCCUGUGACCUCUGGCUGGCCCUGGACUACGUGGCCAGCAACGCCUCCGUUAUGAACCUGCUGCUUAUCAGCUUUGACCGUUACUUCUCCGUGACCCGGCCCCUGAGCUACCGUGCCAAGCGCACACCACGCCGGGCAGCCCUGAUGAUCGGCUUGGCGUGGCUGGUCUCCUUCGUCCUGUGGGCCCCAGCCAUCCUCUUCUGGCAGUAUCUGGUAGGGGAGCGGACAGUGCUGGCCGGGCAGUGCUACAUCCAGUUCCUCUCCCAACCCAUCAUCACCUUUGGCACAGCCAUGGCGGCCUUCUACCUCCCUGUCACGGUCAUGUGCACGCUCUACUGGCGCAUCUACCGAGAGACAGAGAACCGGGCCCGGGAGCUAGCGGCCCUGCAGGGCUCCGAGACACCAGGGAAGGGGGGCGGCAGCAGCAGCAGCUCAGAGCGGUCCCAGCCGGGGGCGGAGGGCUCACCAGAGACCCCUCCAGGGCGCUGCUGUCGCUGCUGCCGGGCUCCCAGGCUGCUGCAGGCCUACAGCUGGAAGGAGGAGGAGGAGGACGACGAAGGCUCCAUGGAGUCCCUCACAUCCUCGGAGGGUGAGGAGCCUGGCUCCGAGGUGGUGAUCAAGAUGCCCAUGGUGGACCCUGAGGCACAGGCCCCUGCCAAACAGCCACCCCGGAGCUCCCCGAAUACAGUCAAGAGGCCCACCCGGAAAGGGCGUGAGCGAGCAGGCAAGAGCCAGAAGCCCCGUGGGAAGGAGCAGCUGGCCAAGCGGAAGACCUUCUCGUUGGUCAAGGAGAAGAAGGCGGCUCGGACCCUGAGCGCCAUCCUGCUGGCCUUCAUCCUCACCUGGACACCGUACAACAUCAUGGUGCUGGUGUCCACUUUCUGCAAGGACUGUGUUCCCGAGACCCUGUGGGAGCUGGGCUACUGGCUGUGCUAUGUCAACAGCACCAUCAACCCCAUGUGCUACGCACUCUGCAACAAAGCCUUCCGGGACACCUUCCGCCUGCUGCUCCUCUGCCGCUGGGACAAGCGUCGCUGGCGCAAGAUCCCCAAGCGCCCUGGCUCUGUGCACCGCACUCCCUCUCGCCAAUGCUGAUGGCCCCCUCACCUGCAUCCCUCCACCCCAGUCCCCGGGAGAGCCGGGGAGAAAGCAGGCAGGGGCAGUGACCUCAGAUCCAGGGCCCUGCCCAGACCUCACCAGGCUUCCCAGGCCCCUAGGUCACCUCCCUGGACAGCCCAGAGAGAACCUGCCAACUUUCCAAACUUUACUAUUCCCAGGCAGGGAGGGGAAGCUGGGGAACUGGUUUUUCUGUUCCCUGCUGGGUGGGAAUGGGCUCUUCACCAGGAAGAAGGCCCUGGAGGAGGAUCCGAGCUUUGGAUUCCUUGUUUGCGCUUAGGCAGGAAGUCCAUCCAGAGCCAGCAGGGCGGGCUAGGAGAAAGUUUAACAUCACAGUCAUCCUUGGCCCAGGGGCUGGCCUGCGUUGUGAUGGGAGAUGGCACUCCCUGGGGCCACAGCAGCUAACUGACACCAACCACUGAGAGAGAAGCUUGGCUCAAAGGGAGCAUCCCCCAAUGAGGGAUCCCCUCCCUCCCCAGGCACAGCCCACUCUGCUGGGCCCUAGGCAUACUCUCCAGGAUUGUCCAACCUCCCUACAAAUGUGCCCAUAGCAUCCCUAUGUGGGUCACCCCCAAGGCAAACGUCCAAGCAUCAGCAGGACAAUGACACCAGAGGGGACCAACUUGGCUAGUCACACAUCAAGUUCCCAGGCAGCAGCAGGACCAAGUGCCAGGUGUCCUGACUGUCCCACUAUGUCAUUUCCCUGGGAGUGAGGGGCAGGGGUGCCUGCUGUCCAGCCCCACACCUAUACCCCCUGCCCCAGAGAAACCCUCAGGUCCUCCAUCCCUGGCUCACAGCUGCCACCUGGAUAUAUCUGCUCCAUGCAGAUCUAGCCAGGCCUCCCGCAUGCUGCCUGCCUCCGGCCCCGCCCCACACAGGCCUGGUCCAGCCAACAGGUUCUCUCCUGUGAGCUCCCCAAUCCAACCCAUGCAUGGCCUCCCAGCCACCUUUAUCUCCAGGCCCAGCCUGACCCCAAGUGUUCUUUCCUUCCAUCCUCAGCAAAUGCUGAGUCUGUGAA